CGGCCUCCCGGGCCGGGCGCUGCGCAGGGAGCGUAGCGGGCGCAGUCGGCGUAGGGAGGGGGUUGCCGUGGAGAGAAGAAGCGGGGGAGCCGGGAGGAAGGACCGGUCCUGCCCCGUUCCACCCCGGGAGGUCUGACCGACCCAGCGCAUCGGGCCCCGAGCCGACCGGUCCCGCCGGCCAGAAGAGGAGGGACGGAGCGUGGGGGGCAGGCCGCAGCGUGGGGGGCAGGCCGCAGCUCGGGCUGACCUUUGACCCCCUGCCCCUCGGCGGCCCCGGCAGCAGGACCGCCGCUCGGCUGGACCGGGCCGCAGCUCCGUCGGGCCGUCCCCGCAGGUCGGGAGCAGGAGGAGGAGCCGUGGGGAAUGGGCCGGCCCCCGUCGCUCUGAUUCCUCCCUCGGGCUGACAGCAGAGGCCCAAGCCGUCCCCCAUGAGGACGGCCCGAGGGCGCGACAUCCAAGCCCCGGCCGGGGUGCAGGCUCGGGAGAGCGGCUGGACGCGGGGCGAGGGUCCCUCCGGGGGCUAGACCACCCACCGACCUCCCUUCGCACCUUCUCCUGCCGACGGUCCCCUCCAAUCUGGGGGCCGGGUGGGCUCGGGCUCCUGCAGGCCUGGGAGCCUCGGUUCUGGACGGAGAUGCGAGGACGGUCCCCCCGCCCCUCCUCCUCCCCUCCUCUCCUUGGGCAAACGCUGACCUCCCCCCGGGAUCCGGCCUCCAGACACUCAACGGAACUGGACGUCUGAACUUCAAGCCGAGGGCUUUCCGACCCUGAGACUCCUCUCUCCCCUCUGCCCAUUUUGGGGGUCCACCGCCCCUCCCCGCUACUCAUUUUGCCCCCGUCCAUGCGUCUGGGUUGACCGGCUUAAGCCCCCCCUCCCCCCCCCCGCCUCCCCUACUGGGCUUUUUUAGGGAGCGGGGAGGUGGAGGGAGUUUUUGUGGUUUUUUUAAAUUAUUAUUAUUUCGGUCGUCGUGGCUUACCUUUUGGCCCUGAGCGUUAGGGCUUCGUCUCAGGGAAUCUGCCCAUGGCUUUCUUGAUGAAGAAGAAGAAAUUUAAAUUUCAGACCGUUUUUACCUUGGAAGAGCUGACCGCCGUCCCCUUCGUCAACGGGGUGCUGUUCUGCAAAGUGAGGCUGCUGGAUGGCGGGGAUUUUGUCAGCCUGUCCUCCAGGGAGGAAGUGCAGGAGAACUGUGUCCGCUGGAGGAAGAAGUUCACCUUUGUGUGUAAAAUGAGCGCCAACCCAGCCACUGGCCUCCUGGACCCCUGUGUCUGCCGAGUGUCCGUCCGCAAGGAGCUGAAAGGUGGAAAGGCCUACUCCAAGCUGGGAUUUGCCGACUUGAACCUGGCCGAGUUCGCCGGCUCCGGCUCCACCGUCCGCUGUUGCUUGCUGGAGGGGUAUGACACCAAGAACACUCGGCAGGACAACUCCAUUCUGAAGGUCACUAUCGGGAUGUCUCUGCUGUCAGGAGAUCCCUGCUUCAAGACGCCCCCUUCCACCGCCAAGUCCAUCUCCAUUCCGGGGCAAGACUCUUCACUGCAGCUGACCUGUAAGGGCGAGGGGACUUGCAGUGGCGGGAGCGGUGGCUCGGCCACCCUCACCGGGGUGAAGCAGCCCAAGGCAAGACCCACCAUCCUGGGCUCAGGGGUGCCCGAGGAGCCAGAUCAGAACCUCUCCAGCCCCGAAGAGGUGUUCCACUCUGGCCAUUCCCGCAACUCCAGCUACGCCAGCCAGCAGUCCAAGAUCUCGGGUUACAGCACGGAGCACUCCCGCUCCUCCAGCACGUCGGACCUGACGCACCGCAGAAACACAUCCACAGGCAGCAGUGCCUCCGGGGGGCUCAGCAUGACGGUGGUGGAAUGUCCUGAGAGAGAGAGGGAGCACAAGCCCGACAAGCCCCCCCGACCCCCCAGGCCUCCACAUAUGCCAGACCGAUCAUUCAGGAGGAAGAAGGAUUCGGUGGAAAAUCACCCAACGUGGGUCGAUGACACCAGAAUCGACGCCGAUGACAUUGUGGAGAAGAUCAUGCAGAGCCAGGACUUCACCGACGUCAGCAACAACGAGGACAGUAACCUGCGGCUGUUUGUGAGCCGAGACGGCACCACGACGCUGAGCGGGAUCCAGCUGGCCAACAGGGUCUCCUCUGGAGUUUACGAGCCAGUAGUGAUUGAAAGCCACUGAUCCCAGAGGAGGAGACGCCUAGAAGGCCGGCUCCCCGCAUGCCCGUGGGCCUCUCAGCAUCCUCGGUCAGCUACCCGUCAUUCCGGAAGGGUGGCCCCUCAGUUCUACAGGCUACCUUUCCCUUUCUCUCUCCUCCGUCUCUCCAGCUUGGCCUCUCGCCCCUCUCCACUCCUCAUUUUUGCACUCCAGACCUGGACCGGGCCUGCCCCGCUUGGGAAAAUGGCUCAAGAUAGCUGUUAUCCCUCCCACACCGCAGCUUUGAGGCCAUCCUGUUCUCAGUCCUUUCCCCAAAUUCCAGCCCUGGCCGGAUGGAGCCACUGUGAACAUUACCUUAACCACUCACCCGGGGGGAGCCACACCGGUGGGGAGCCAAAGGCCAGGGCCAGUGACGGGUAGAAUGGUUCCUGGGAAACGAGGAAACCAUCUUGGCUCAACCUCCGGGUCACCCUCAAGACACCCCCACCGUCCAGUCGGAGCAAACUACUCUCCGGAGCCUGGAUCGAAGGGGAGAGGAGACAGGGUUCGGGGCGGGCCGGCCCUUGUGAGCCCCGUCCAGAGGUGGGCUGUAGCUCUGUGGCUAGGCGGGGAGUGGCGUUUAGGUGUCGCUUCCAGUCACCCCCUCGGAGAAGCAGGCGAAGAGCACGGUUUGUCCGUGUCCUCAGCCUCCCAUCUGUCCUACAACAACGACUGUGAGUAUCCUCCUUCUCCUCCAGGCCCCAGGGAGGGUGAGGGCUGAGAGUAGUCAUCCCCCCGACUUCUCCCUUCUCCCUGUCACCAUUUCCUCCUCAUGCCAUUCAGUAACAGAGGCCAGGAUUGGGACACAUAAAAGGGUUGUUCCUGGAGGCAAGAUCGACUGCCUGGCCUCCCUGCCCCUCGGGGUGAGAGGUUGGGGUCCCUGCUGCGUGGCACACCUGCUCCCACUCUGCCCUCCCAGUGGUUUGGAUUGGGAGGGCGAGGUUUCCACUGCUCUUCUCUCGCUCGUUCAACUAGGGCCGUGCCCUCAGUGGCCACAGAGAGGGGCCUGCGUGACUACGGUCAGUAAAGAUGCUUUUCCCCUCUCCUGGUAUCGGAUGGCGGGCCCUGCAAAAACCCUGCUGUCCACUGCUGGCCUGCAACCUCCCACCCUCACCCCAAAACCAUUUCACUUUCAGCUGAUAAGCUACUCUGCCCAAUGCCACCCUUGUUCCUUUGGAAUCGUUUCUGCUGUUGCUCUCAGCAGCCCUGCACUUUGCACACUCCACCCGGCCUGGACCGCCCCCAACCCAGGCCCACCUGCCAACCCACCCGCCACACACCCUGUCGCCAACGCUCACAGGGUGAUAAGAUGCCCUCCCCGCUUCUAACCCUCUCCUCCCACUCUCCUGGCCUCCCUGGAAUUAUCCAAGGUGUGUGGCUCGGCCUGCUGGGCGGGUCGUGUUGCAGAACUGGAAUGAAUGGGGACUAGGGCGGGCCUUUCAGUGGUCCCCUUGGUCAGGCCUGGAUGCCAAGCUGACUAGCAAAUGGGCCUGCAGGAUCACCCUGGGGUUCCAAACUGCCGGGCCCACGCAAAGAGGAAGAGGCACUGAAGCUAGUGGAGAGAAGACUGCACAGCUGGAAUCUGUGCUCCGGUCUCUCUCUCCUCCCUCCUCUCCUCCCUCCUCUCCACAGGAGGCCAAGCAGGAGACCGAGGGGGCUCGACUCCCCUGGGGUAGGCAGGGCCUCCUGCUUUGAAGUGAUUCAGUCCCUAUGUGCGGACUCAUGGUCUACAGUGGGGCACGGGUCCCCCUCCACCCAGGGCUGAGUCUCCGUGGGAGCGGUGGAGAAGCUGGGCAAGAGGGAGACCCAAAGAACCCGGCCCUGAGGAGAGGACCCCAUUAUGAGGCCGGAGGAGCAGCAGCCAGGACGGAGGGGUCGGGUGGCGGCUCAUCUCCCGCGACCCUUGCUGCCCGUGCCACCUGGUGACCACUCCUCUUGCCCCCCACUCCCCCGUUCCUUUUUCCCUUGCUGCCCUCAAGGCUCCUGGGAAGUGGGGCAGUUGUGGUCGUUGGGAGCGGGGCAAUCCACAGGGAAGACUUCUUUAUUUCCCGAGCAGCGGUCUUGGGGGUUGUCCCUGUCAGGGGCUGCCCCAGUUACCAUGGGAACCCGGGGGCUCCCCUCCCCCUGCUUCCGUCUUGCUGCCCCUCCUCCGGCCCCCACCCUGCCACGGUCUGGUUCUUGGCCAAAUUCUGAAUAUUGUGGUGUUGCCAUGUGUGGCCAUUUCAGCCUCAAUGCUAAAACCACUGGCUAGACUUCUUUUUUCUUUUUUUUUUUCCUGUUUUCCGUCGUAAAGUUGUAAUUUUGUAUAAACCCAGCGGGCUGGUGUUAGGGGUUUUUUUGUGUGUGCUUCCUGUUUUUCUUUUUUUUUUUUUUUUGUUGAUGUUGUUUCCUUUGGUAUUUUAUUCCCCAGAGAGAAAGUGUCUUCUCCCUUUCUCUCCUCCCACCCCGCCCAGCUGGCUCUCGCUCCCCUGGUGGGAAUGCGGGGAGCUGAUCAACUCCGUUGAGGUGGAGGGAGCCAUGGGGCAGAGCUGGACUCUGCUCUGCUUUUCUCUCCACCACUCCCCGACCCCGCCAAAGCAGAGGUGACUCAGUUUCCCUCUCAACUGUUUGACAGCAGUUUGGGUGUUUCCAAAUCCUAGUUUCUGGAAGGCCGCUAUACAGGGAAGACUGAGUCCCAAGUGUGUAUUUUUUUUUUAAUUACCCUUUUAGAAAUGAAUGAAUGGCAGUCAGCAUCCAAUGAGGCAGACCCUGCUGUCUGCUGUCUGCAAUGGGCCCUGAUCGGGAAAGGUGCCACCCCAGCCCUGGGUGGGCAGGUGGGCGGGCAGGCACCCCUCCUCCUGCAUACGACUGGCACUUUACAUGGAAACUGGCCUCGGUCCUGAGGAGUCCCAGGAUCACAAGGCCUCUUCCCCCUCCUCCUCCUUUUCCUACUCCUCCUUCUCCUUCUCUUCCCCUUUCUCCUCCUCUUUCUUCUCCUCCUCCUCAUCCCAGCCCCAUGUUCUUCUCCUGGGGGAUGUGGGCUCCUCUGGAACGGUUUGUGGAAAGCUUCUUCCGGGAGCGGAGCUGGGGAGAAAACCGCAUCAUGGGCUGUUGACCAGGAGAGAUCGGGGUAGGGGGUGGGAAGGGAAUCUUUUUCUUUGAAAUGAUUUUUGGUUUUUAAAGAGUGCACAGCUGGACUGUGCACCUUGAGGGCUCCUGACCCGGAGUUCCUGUGGAUGGGGGGGUUCCCGCCCCCAACCCCCCACUUCCCACCACCCUUCUCCCCUUCUAUUCCUCAUGAUCUCUCACGUUCCAGCUUUAGGGCUCCUCAGUCCUGCCCCCUGAGAGACACACACUCAUGCUGCACACACACACACACACACAUAUUUCCCCCCCUCCCCCCAACUCACCCACCCCUCAGGGAGGCCCUGGCCAUCCCCUGGGGUUGAAAGGAAUAUGCAAUGAUCUGGGCCUGGGGCAGUUCCCCGGGGAGGGAGAUGCCUGUCCUCUUCGACUGAUUUCCCGAGCUCUGGGUUUCUCCAACCAGGCCAUGCCAGUGCUUUAUAUUCAAAUCGUGAGAGACAGACAGAUUAUAUUAGAGAUAUUUUUGGAAUGGGGAUAGGUCUAUGCAAAACCAAUUGGGAAAUCUCUUGAGAGACAGAUUAUCGUUUUUACUGGGAAAACUAAAAGUGAGGGAAAAUUGAUUUUUUUCACCUAAAAGCGCGUGGAUAACGGGGACUGCUCUAUUUUGAUGAUUCUCGGAGACUUCUUGGGACAGGGAUGCAUUUCCCUCCCCUUCCCCCUCCCUCUCCCCUGGAGGUUUUGUGAAAUCCUGCUCUUGGGGGGGCCAGGGGGUUUCUUGUGUUUCCCCCCCAUUUGUUUUUUUUGUUUUGUUUUGGUUUUUUCGUUUUUUUUUUUCUAACGGAAUGCCGCCGCCAACUCUGAUUCAAAAGAUUGUGUUUGUAUUUCUGUAUCCAGUUGAUUCCUACUGUAGAAUAACUGUGUAAGAGGAAUCGAUCUAGGGUCCGAUGUCAUUAUGGUUUGAGGGAAAUUAAAGCUGUGGGGUUUUUGGUAUUCGA